AUGCUUGAUCGUUUCGAUGGUAUUAUUCGCGACUACCAAGAGUCAAUUAACAAGCAAGAUCAAGCUUUAGAGAUGCUUACCAAGGAAGAACUUCUUAAGCUUAUCGAUCUUCUACGUCAACGGCUCUUUACUGGUGCGUCACUUUCGCCUGGAACUGAUCAUAAUAAUACACCAGAGACAGCUAAUAAUUAUCAUCAAGAAUUGCAACAGAUUCUUACCCAAAUGUCUAAUCAAUCCGCAUUGUGGUCGACGAAAAUUGACGAGAUUCGUUCAAAACUGCUAUAA